AUGAUGUCGGAGCGUCCAUCAUUAGUUGACAUUGUGCUGGCUGUCAAUCGCAUUCGUUCGAAACUAUGUGUGACACCUGUGGUCACCAGUACAUGUUUGAAUGAUUUGACUGGACGUAAUAUUUACCUUAAAUGUGAAAAUCUCCAUAAAACCGGUUCAUUUAAGUGUCGUGGUGCAUUGAAUACUGUAAUUAAAGCACUUGAAAACAAAGAGAUUAGUAUCAGUGGUUUUGUUACUCAUUCUUCGGGAAAUCAUGGUCAAGCGUUAGCUUGGAGCGCAAAAAGUGUUAAUCUUCCAUGUUCAGUCGUUGUACCUGUGGGAACACCUUUAGUGAAAACAAAUGCCAUUGAAAGUUAUAAUGCAGAGCUGGUUUUAUGUCCACCAACGCCUGCUGCAAGAUUAGAAACAUGCAAUAAAAUUGGACAUGAAAAAAAUUAUAUGAUUGUACCACCUUUUGAUCAUCCUGACGUCAUAGCUGGUCAAGGAACGAUUGCUGUAGAAUUCUUAAAGCAAGUUGAAGAUUUGGAUGCUAUUUUCGUGCCUGUCAGCGGAGGUGGCAUGAUAUCGGGUAUUGCAAUUUAUGCGAAACAAAUUAAUCCAAAUAUUCGAAUAUAUGCGUGUGUACCUGAAGGAAAAAUGCUUAGUGAGUGUUUGAAAUCAUGUGAACGUUUAUGGCCAAAUCCUCCGGCAUUUUUAAAUACAAAGGCUGAAGCAAUACGACUUCAACAAUGUGGUGAAAUAACAUUUCCUAUUAUGUGUGAUUUAGUUGAAAAAGAAGUUUUUACUAUAGAUGAUGCGAGUAUGAUAGCUGCAACAAAAUUUGCAUUCGAACGAUUAAAAUUAGUUGUUGAAUUAGCCAGUGGCUGUGCCUUAGCUGCCAUAUUAUCUGAUCAACUGAAAACAUUAGACAAAAAUAUCAAAAAUAUUGGCGUUAUUUUGUGCGGUGGUAAUAUCGAUAUAAAUAAGUUACCAUGGAUAGAAAAUGAAACUAAAACAAAAGAUAUAUAA